AUGAGCAGCCAGGCCCCACCCACACUCCUGGAGCUGGCACAGCAGAAGCUGCUAACAGAAGAGGCCUUGGUCAUCUCUGCUCUGGAGUACCUGCCCAAGACGCUCUUCCCACCACUGCUCAAGGAGGCCUUCACCAGGACACAAACUGACAUCCUGAGGACAACGGUUCAGGCUUGGCCCUUCCCUCUUCCUCUUGGAGCUCUGAUGAGGAUUCCAGACAUAAAGAUCCUUCAGGCUGCACUAGACGGAUUGGAUCUGCUGAUUAAUGAGAAGGUUCUCCCCAGGAGGUGGAAACUUGCAGUGCUCGAUUUGCGACAUGUAGAACAGACCUUCUGGAGCAAGUGGGCUGAAAGGAAGGCUGUGAGGAAGAACAAACCAGUGAAGAACCUUCCUAGAUACAAGUCUAGGAGGUGUUUCAAGGUGUUGGCUGACCUUUGCCUCAGUUUCCAACUUGAUGAAUGGGAAACAAAAUUGUUGCAGUGGGCCCAGCAGAGAAGUUCCCUAUAGUUGUGCUGUCAGAAGAUAAGUAUUUGGGGAUUGCCUAUUCACAGUGUCAGGGAGGUCUUGACAGUUUCCCAGCCACAGUAUAUCCAGGAGUUGGAACUAUACACUGAUGGCAAUUUGUUCACCCUGGUACAUUUUGCACUUUACAACCUGGGCGAGAUAAGAAAUCUUCACACACUCCGUUUUGAACAUAUGUACAGGAGUAUCUUUCACACUGCAAAUACUUCCAUACACAUAGAGAAGAAAUUUGUCACCAAGUUCAUUUCUCAGUUCUCCAAACUCAACUUUCUCCAGCAUCUCUAUAUGAGUGGUGCCAACUUCCUCAGUGACCACAUGAAGCAGUUCUUCCGGCUCCUGGAGUCCCCCUUGGAGACCCUCUCCAUCAGUUUUUGCCAGUUUUCACAGUCGGAUUGGAAUUCCCUGUCAUGGUGUCAGAGCCUCAGUCAGCUCAAGCACCUGAAGCUGAGAGAUAUUGAAGUAGUUGAUUUAUGUCCUGUGCCUCUCCAAGUUCUCCUAGAGAGAGUUUCAGGAACUCUGGAGACUCUGGAAUUAGUGGGUUGUAGGCUGGGGUACUCUGACCUCAGUGCCCUCCUACCUGCCCUCAGCCAAUGCUCCCAUCUCACCACGAUCAAUUUCUAUGACAAUGACAUCUCCAUGGCCGUCCUGAAGGACCUUUUCCACCACACAGCCGAUCUAAGCCAAUUGACCCUGGAGCUGUACCCUGCCCCUCUGGAGUACUAUGAUGAUGGGGGUCUUAUACCAGAGAGGUUUUUUCAACAUUGUCUUCAGCUCAGGAAUAUGCUCAGGGCCAUAAGGCAUCCCAAGAUGGUCUCCUUUGCUACAUAUAUCUGCUUUAAGUGUUUCUACCGCUGUGCCUAUGACACGGAGGUGGAACUUUGUCAUUGUUGGCAGUAA